AUGGCAGCCACACCAGAGCCUAAUAGGAUUAGAAGAUUAUGUGAUGUUGGAGUAGGAGGAUUUAUCUUGGUGAUAUUAGGAUCCUGGUUCCAUUGUAGGUACAAUUAUGCAAAGCUAAGAGUACAGACAAGAAUUGCCAGAGAAUUAAUUAAAGAUAAGAUUUUAUAUGAAAGUACCCACCUUCAUCCUGAAAAACCAGGACACAGCAGCAACUGA